AUGAGUUCUUUACGGUUCCUUGACCUCGUCAAGCCCUUCGUGCCGUUCCUCCCCGAGGUUCAGCAACCCGAGACCAAGAUCCCCUUCAACCAGAAGUUGAUGUGGACAGGUCUCACCCUCUUGAUCUUCUUGGUCAUGAGCCAGAUGCCCCUAUACGGCAUUGUGUCCUCGGACACCUCCGACCCCCUAUAUUGGCUGCGUAUGAUGAUGGCGAGUAACAGAGGAACGCUGAUGGAGCUUGGUAUCACGCCCAUCAUCUCGUCUGGCAUGGUUUUCCAGCUCCUCGCUGGCACCCACAUGAUCGAUGUCAACCUCGACCUCAAGUCCGACCGCGAGCUGUACCAGACCGCCCAGAAGCUUUUCGCCUUCAUCCUGUCUGCCGGCACUGCCACCGUCUACGUCUUCACUGGUCUCUACGGUCCCCCGUCCGAGCUCGGCGCCGGUAUCGUCUUCCUCCUGAUUCUCCAGCUGUUCAUUGCCGGCAUGAUCGUCAUUCUUCUGGAUGAGCUUUUGCAGAAGGGAUACGGCCUGGGUAGCGGUAUUUCGCUGUUCAUCGCCACCAACAUCUGCGAGUCUAUCAUGUGGAAGGCCUUCUCGCCCACCAGCAUCAACACUGGCCGUGGCCCCGAGUAUGAGGGCGCCGUCAUUGCUCUGUUCCACCUGCUCAUGACAUGGCCCAACAAGCAGCGUGCUCUGCAGGAGGCCUUCUACCGCCAGAACCUCCCCAACAUCAUGAACCUGCUGGCAACUCUGCUUGUGUUCUGUGCCGUCAUCUACCUCCAGGGUCUUCGCGUUGAGAUCCCCGUCAAGUCCUCGCGCCAGCGUGGUGCCCGUGGCUCGUACCCCGUCCGCCUGUUCUACACCUCGAACAUGCCCAUCAUGUUGCAGAGUGCCCUUUCCUCCAACAUCUUCAUCAUCUCGCAGAUGCUUUACUCCCGCUUCCCCGAGAACCUCCUGGUCCGUCUCUUCGGCGUUUGGGAGGCCAAGGAGGGCAGCUCCCAGCUUUCGGCCAUUUCGGGUCUUACCUACUACAUGUCGCCUCCCAUGAACUUUACCGAGGCUCUGAUCGACCCUAUCCACACGGCGCUCUACGUCGUCUACAUGCUCACCGCCUGCGCUGUCUUCUCCAAGACUUGGAUUGAGGUCUCGGGCUCCAGCCCUCGCGAUGUAGCAAAGCAGCUCAAGGACCAGGGACUCGUCAUGGCCGGUCACCGUGACCAGAGCAUGUACAAGGAGCUCAAGCGCAUCAUUCCUACUGCUGCCGCUUUCGGUGGUGCCUGCAUUGGUGCCCUGUCCGUCGCCAGUGAUCUCAUGGGUGCUUUGGGCUCGGGUACUGGCACCUUGCUUGCCGUCACCAUCAUCUAUGGCUACUUCGAGAUCGCAGCCAAGGAGGGUGAUCUUGCUGGUAUGAAGGGCAUGGUUAUGGGCUGA